UAUUGAUAAUAUAAAAUAACAUAUAUUUAAUAUAAAUAAUAAAGUCUUGAAUGUAGUUGCACUAUGUUACUCUUUUUGUACUCAGAAAGAAACAGUACAUAAUAAUGCUUGGAGAGAAAGAGAGAAAGGAUAAAAAUUACAACACGAAGAACAGUCUUUCUUGACUGACAAAAUCAUAGGCUUGUUCUUUUUGGCUGAACUGGUUGUACUAGUUCACAAUUGAUCUUCCUUUCUUUACACUGAAAGAAGAAAGGUAAACUUUGAGCUAGUGUAGCCAGUUCAGCUAAACAGAGUAGACACAAUGUUUAAAACAUAACCUCAAGAAAAUAGUUGCCGAUUUAAAUAGAAUAAAAAUAUAAAUUUAAUAUGAAAAAAUGGCACAUUUAUUUAAUAGACUGGCAAUCAGAGAACUGUUUAAGAUGCAGGUUGCUAGACACAGUCACAAAGCGGAUCACUGGUCUGUGAUUAAAAAAAAAAGACAUAUGGACAAGGCGCUGAAACAUUUUGAUGAGUUCUAUGGAAAUGUCUAUGGAGAGUCAUGGAACGAUAUAAGAACUGCGUUACUAGCGGAAGAGCACAAAUAUAUGGCUGUUGUAAACAGCUUCAGUGAUAUAGAUAGAAUAAAGUCAGAAUUGGAGUCCUAUGGUGCUAUGAAUUUAAGAACUAUUUAUGAUGCUUAUAAGGAACAUAUCAAUGAGAAAUCAUGUAAAUCAAAUGAAGAAAAAAAAGAAGAAAAAGCAAAUCAAAAUCGAAUUGUACAUCCCAAUGCUGGCUUAAACGGGUUAUAUGAAUUUGUACCAGCUACCAAAAUUAAAGGCAUGGAAGAUUGGAUAUUAGAGUCGCAACAUUAUGGCUAUUACCAACAAGGCGCGGAUUUUUCAGUAAAUGUCGAAAAAGAGGUACUGUUAACAUUUCCACAGUAUCUCAACAUCUAUACAUUUGAGGAAGGUAAUGACAGCAAAUUUCCAUCCCCCAAAAAAGGCUCAACUGGUGUUUUAGAUUAUUAUCUCUUGGAUGGUGCCUCUGUGUUGCCAGUGUUGGCCUUAGAUUUGCAAGCCGGUGAUGUUGUUCUGGACAUGUGCGCGGCGCCAGGAGGAAAAACUCUAAGCAUCCUCCAAACACUCAUGCCACAAUUGCUGGUCACGAAUGAUAUCCAAAAGUCUCGAGUAGACAGGAUCCAUAAAGUCUUAAAUCAAUAUAUAGCCGGCAUGGGUCAGGACGACAGAUUAUUUGUGACAGAGCGAGACGCGAGAUAUAUCGAUGACAAUAAUUUCUUUAACAAGAUUCUGGUAGAUGUACCGUGCACCACGGACAGACACGUUUUACAUUCAGAAGAAAAUAAUAUUUUCAAGCCGCAGAGGAUACGAGAAAGAUUAAAGAUGCCAGAGUUGCAAGCGGAAAUUUUAACUAAUGCAUUGAAAAUAAUAUCAGUCGGCGGAACAGUCGUGUAUUCUACCUGUUCUCUCAGUCCCAUUCAAAACGAUGGUAUUGUCGGCAUGGCGCUGAAAAAGGCUUGGGAGGAAACCAAUUCUAUUAUGGUUGUAAAAGAUAUGAAAAAAGCACUGGAGCCAUUGAAAUGCCUUUAUAAGUUCGGUAAUUUUGGAUUAAAAUACGGUCACAUCGCAAUCCCUACUCUCGAUAAUAAUUGGGGUCCCAUGUACUUUUGUAAAAUAGUACGAACACGAUAAUAAUAGGUAGCGUCUGAUCGUUCGCUUCCUCGUCAGAUGCUUCAAUCUGGUUCCAAGGUUGUUCGUUGCCACUUCCAAAGAUAG